AUGCUCUUCAGCAAGUCAUUCAUUGCCGCCGCCGCGGCCAUCAGCCCGGCUCUGGCCCAUUCUUCUUCACAGACAACCACAAGUGCCUCGCCACUUCUCGGACUCAACCUUUACUGGGGACAGUAUGGUCAGCCUACCGACCGCCUCUCAAGCUAUUGUGAUGCUCCGGGCGUCACCUCCGUCUCUCUAUCCUUCGUCACAUACUCCCCCAAGAACAGCGCUGGAUACCCCGGUACCAACUUCGCCGGCCACUGCGGCGGCGAGGUCUACUACAAGAACCCCAAGACUGGCGAAGACACAAAGUUGAUUAUGAACUGCGACUACGUCAAGAAGGAUAUUCAGUACUGCCAAGCCAAGGGCAUUAAGGUUCUCCUGGCCAUUGGUGGCUACUGCCCUACCGGAGGCCCCUGCAGCUACGACAUUGACAGUGAGCAGGACGGUCACGAAUUCGGUGACUUGUUGCACAAGACUUUCGGUCCUUACGAUCAGGGAUGGAACGGUCCUCGUCCUUUUGAUAUUAACGAGACCGAACACAUUGCUGUUGACGGUUUCGACUUUGACCUUGAGUUCAAGUAUCCCAACCAGAAGCCCUGGAUCAAGAUGGUUGAGAAGCUUCGCAGCUGCGGUAUUUACCACAUUUCUGCUGCUCCUCAGUGCCCGACGUCAGACAACUGGUUCCAGCUCAAGGAGCUCAUCUACAACGCCCAGUUCGACUCCCUGUUCAUUCAGUUCUAUAACAACCCGGGUUGCCAAAUCACCGACACCCCCAACUACGACGACUGGGAGACGGUCAUUUCUCAGACUUCCAAGAGCAAGGACGCGAAGCUCUACAUUGGUGUCCUCGCCAGCGUCGAGUCCGGCUGGAACGGUUAUGCUCCUCCUUCCACAAUCAAGGACUUGAUCUGCAAGUACCAGAGCAAGCCGCACUUUGGAGGUGUUUCUAUCUGGGAUGCUACCCGUGGCGCCAUCAAUCAGAUCAAUGGUCAGUCGUUCCACGAGGCAAUCGCCGAUGCUCUCAAGUACGGUUGCAACCCCAUCCCUGCCAAGACUUCCACCAUCAGCAUCUCGACUUCGACUUCGUCCGUCAUUUCUUCCACCAGCACCUCGUCUGCGAUCGCUUCCAUCACUUCGGCAACCUCUAGCUCCAGCGCCGCGUCCUCGAGCUCUAGCCAGUCCGCCUCGGCAUCCGUUUCUGCCUCUGCCUCUGCCUCGGACUCGGCUACCGCAUCGGCCACUGGCUCAGCAUCAGUGUCUGGCUCAGCAUCUGGAUCAGCAUCAGCAUCAGCGUCGGCAUCGGCAUCGGCAUCUGGCUCGGGAUCUGCUUCGGCAUCCGCUUCUAACUCAGCGUCUGCUUCUGUAUCCGCAUCAUCCUCCGCCUCCGCCUCCGCCUCAGCCUCAGCUUCACUCACCUUCUUUGGCAACUCUUCGGCGUCUGCCACUGGGUCUUCUUCGUCGCGAAUCAUCACAACAUUGAGCUCCAAUGCCACUGCCACUGCUAGCGCUUCUGCGACCAAGUCUGCUACUGUCUCAGACACUUGCGAUGAGGACGACGAGGACUUCCCGACCACCACGAUGGGCAACUCCCACACUGCCACUGCUACUGCCACCGGCUCAGCAGAUGCAACCAAGACUGCCUCUGGCAGUGUCACCGACAAGGCCACUGGUCCUGCCACUGGUUCUGCUACAGGACCUGCCCAAAACUCCUUGACGGUGUCCAUCUCAGACAAGCCCACUGGCACCAAAUCAGCUACCGAGUCUCCCAAGAACACAGUCAGUGUCCCCGAGCAGCUGACCACAAGCACGGUUUUCACCACAAAGAUCACCACCGUCACUUCCUGCAAGCCCGAUGUGCCCUGCACCAAGGGCCAGGUCGUCACUGAGACCAUCCCGUGGUACACCACUGUCUGCCCCGUCACGGCAACGUCGUCCGCCGUUGCGGUGCCUACAAUCAGCCCCCCUUCCCAGUGGGUUACCAGCACAGUCUACACCACAAAGACCUACACCAUCACAUCUUGCGCUCCCGAUGUGCCAAACUGCCCUGUCGGUCAAGUCACGACCAAGGUCGUUCCUGCCUACACCACUGUCUGUCCGUACACCGAGACGACACUUGGCAGCACUAAGCCUUCAGGCGACCUUCCCAACCCUCCUAAGCCCUCUGGCGACGUUCCUCAGCCCCCUAAGCCCACCGGUGAUGUUCCCAAGCCUACCGGUGGCCAAGAAGGAAACAAGCCCUCUGGCGGCAUUCCUCAGCCUCCUAAGUCUACUGGUGAUGCGCCCCAGCCCACUGGUAGCCAGGGAGGAAACAAGCCUUCUGGCGAUGUGCCCCAGCCUCCUAAGCCCACUGGAGGCCAAGGUGGCAGCAAGCCUUCUGGGGAUAUUUCGCCCCCCAAGCCUACCGCAACUCCUGUUGUCCCCGGCAAAGAGGAUGACUCGACGACUUUCAUCUACAAGACUCUGACUGUCCCCAUCACGAUUGGCAAAUACAACUCCACACUCGCGGGUACCGGCUCCAACUACAAGCCCACCUCCACUGGCGGGUUCCCUAGCUACACAACGGCCGCUGCCGUCCCCAGCAAGCCUGUCCAGGCUGGAGCUGCCAAGAUUGGAGCUUUCGGACUCGGUGGCUUCGUCGCUCUUGCCGUUGCCCUUCUGCUCUAA